CUUCAGUUUCAAGGUCAUAACGAGGUUGACAGAGUCUAACAGACGUCGUAUAACAUGGUUAUUAUGAAACACAGUUUACACAUCAAUUCAGAAGUAGGUUCCACUCCUUAUUCUUUUCAUUUGUUAUAAUUAAACAAUUUUUAGAAGUUUUUAGCUAAAAUGAAAAGACAUCGUCAUAUGGCUGUAAAAUUUGUUGAUGAGCUAGUAAGGCAACCGCUUGUCUACAAACAGAUUGCGCAAGAUUUUUGUCAUAUAGUCACAAGACUAAUACCUAUCAUGAAGUCUACUACUGAUCACUCUUCAUACUUGAAUGCUGUUAGAAAAGUGGAGCCUGCUAUCUUUUCCUUAAAUUUAAUGCUCAAGCAUAAUAAAGUCCAUUACCUUUUAUCUGAGAAAAAUUUAUUUACCUCCUUAAAACAAGUUCACAAAUUACUGAACAGUAUUUCACCUCCAUUUCAAAAUACAAUCUUAAGAGAUCUAUCAGUUCAAUACAGAAGUCAAGCUGAAUAUAAAUCACGUGAUGCUUUAUCGAGUGCAAAACAAAAUGUAACUAUCGAUAAGAGUACAGAUAAUAAUGACACUAACAUGGAACAUAAAUGUGAUAUCAAGCAAUUUGGAAAUUUGACAAUUAAAUCUGAUCCAACCACUACUUCUACUACUGUUGAUGCUGCUUCCUCUGCUUCUCCAGAUCAACAGUCCAAGCGUAAAUCACGGAAACGUUCAAAACCAACUAGUCCGUAAUACAAAAAUAAGCACUAUAUUGAUUGAUUUGUAAAUAAGGAUCAUAUUUGUAUAAUGCGAAUCGCUUAAUAGAAAAUUUUUGAUAGAAAU